AGGAUGGUGUGCUGUCCUCAGAAGUCUCUGGUACAGAGUCAGCGUUAAUGAUAGUGGUGAUUAUAUAGAUGUGUUAGAAUGAUGUCUCAAUUAACCAGCUGUUGUUUUUAGCAUGGCCCUAUGAUUGGCUGAAGAAAGAUGGCAUGUGAUUAGCUUCAAAUUGGCAAGAACCCUUUUGAAAUUGGGCCCAUGUCUGACUCAGAUUUAAAGGGUUAAGUCCUGGGAGAAGGAGGUUAACUCCGCAUUGUCUUUAAUAUAUUUCGGAUGUCAGAGAAAAGAUUCCAGAUCGUAUCCUAGGACCAUUUCCAACAGCUGCCAGCCAAAGAAGUAGAAACUCUCUAAUGAUGAAACCAGUUCAGACUAUAAACUACAAGCCUCCCAGCCUUGACCUGGCUGAUAGAGAUCAGAUGGUGACUGAAUAGAAGCUGCCCCAGUCCUGGGUCCAUGAUGUACGCACCAGUUGAGUUUUCAGAAGUUGAUUACCCACAAGUUGAAUAUCAAAGAAGACAACAAUUUUGGGAUCCUAUACGUCUAGCUCUUUUCACAUUGGCAAUUGUAGCAAUCAUAGGAAUUGCAAUUGGUAUCGUUACUCAUUUUGUUGUUGAGGAUGAUAAGUCAUUCUAUUACCUUGCCUCUUUUAAAGUAACAAAUAUAAAAUACAAAGAAAAUUAUGGAAUGAAAAGCUCAAGAGAGUUUAUAGAAAGGAGUCAUCAGAUUGAGAGAAUGAUGUCUAGGAUAUUUCGACGUUCUUCUGGAGGAGGUCGGUUUAUCAAAUCUCAUGUUAUCAGACUGAGUCCAGAUGAACAAGGUAUGAACAUCCUUAUGGUGCUUAUGUUUCGAUACCCAUCUACUGAUAGUGCUGAGCAAAUCAAGAAAAAAAUUGAGAGGAUUUUAUAUCAAAGUCUGAAGACAAAACAGUUGCCUCUGACUAUAAACAAAUCAUCAUUCACACUCACAUCCAUCGACAGCAAAAAGAUGAGGAAUCUUCUCAACAGCCGCUGCGGAAUAAGGAUGACAUCUUCAAACAUGCCUUUACCAGCAUCCUCCUCUACUGAGAGGAUUGUCCAAGGGAGGGAAACAGCCAUGGAAGGCGAGUGGCCAUGGCAGGCCAGCCUCCAGCUCAUAGGUUCCGGCCAUCAGUGCGGAGCCACCCUCAUCAGUAACACGUGGCUGCUCACAGCAGCUCACUGCUUCCGCAAAAAUAAAGACCCAAGUCAAUGGAUUGCUACUUUUGGUACAACUAUUACACCACCUGCAGUGCAACGAAGCCUGGGGAAAAUUAUCCUUCAUGAAAAUUACCAUAGGGAAACAAAUGAAAAUGACAUUGCCUUGGCUCAGCUUACCAACCGAGUUGAGUUUUCAAAUAUAGUCCAGAGAGUUUGCCUCCCAGAUUCAUCUAUAAAGUUGCCACCUAAAACAAGUGUAUUUGUCACAGGUUUUGGAUCCAUUGUAGAUGAUGGACCCACGCAAAACAAACUUCGGCAAGCCAGGGUGGAAACCAUAAGCACGGAUGUGUGUAACAGAAAGGAUGUGUAUGAUGGCCUGAUAACUUCAGGAAUGCUAUGUGCUGGAUUCAUGGAAGGAAAAGUAGAUGCAUGUAAGAAUUGGAAACAAAAGACAGAGAAACCUCUCCUCUGAAGAUCACCCUAUUCAGCUCUGGCAUCAUAUCUCAUGUAUCUUACUUUCAUCUCCUGGCCUCCAACUGUCUGUGUCCCUCCCACUAUUAAUGACGUUAACACCUGAAACAGGUUUCUUGUCCAUCCCAAGUCUGCAUUAUUAACACUGGCUCAUUUAAAUGCCAGAUUCUUAGUUCCUAGACCUCCUACUCCCAUUGAUCUCCACUUCUGAGCCACAUUUCUAGGGCCACAUUUUGAGCCUUUCAUCUCCAAGAACACUGAUUCCCCAAUCUUCCUAUUUAACUUCCUGACUGCAUGUCAAGCUAUUCCUGCUCCCUUGGCCAUACCCUUUAUAUUAUACCCCUGUCUACCCAUCCUGACUCCCCAACUUACACAGCCUACACAAAUGUACAUUAUGUCCCUUCUUUGUUUUAUCUUUACCUUUACCUUCUAUUGCCAUCCAACAGACAAUUUAUUUAGAUGGUUUAUUGUCUGUCUCUCCCACUAAACUAGAAUAUAAACUUCAAGAAGGCACGGAUUUUGGGGGGGGGUCUAUUUAAUUCACUAUUAUAUUAACAACACCUAAAUCAGUGCCUGGCACAGAUAUUUGUUGGCCAAAUAAAAUACCACUUUUCUUCAACUUCAUAAAGACCUAUAGACCAUCGCUUCUCUGCUUUAUCACAUUCCAUUAAUCCUUUCUUCCAUUGUCCACUUGUCCAAUUUAGAUUUCACUAUUAAUCAUUUUUUGAACACUUUUGCUGAUAUCCUAAGUUCUCUUGUUGAUCUGUCUUUUCAGUGUUUCUGUCUGACAAAGUCCCAAAAUUGGAAGAACUUCACAAUCUACUCUUUCUGCCUGCACCAAGGAUGUCAAAUGCUCCUGGAAAAAAUACAACACAACACAUUGUUUCCACUUUAGGUUUCAGAUAACAAAAGUGACAAUCCUACUAUAUUUUUUUCCAAAUCUACCUUUCUCUGAACUUACUCAACAUUUUCCACUUUCCUUAACUUCUGGUUUUUUUCAACCUCUUUAUUUUCAACUGAUAAUUUUGCUUCCCAGUUUUCAAAGAAAAGUAGAAAUCGUAAGUGGAGAAUUGCCUCAUCUUCUAACACCAUGAAUGCAGACCUGCCUUCAUCUGAACCCAUAGUUAACAUAGUUAACAUUUCUCUUAUACCUAGCUCCUUCUCUACUCAUAUCUCUCAAGUUAGGGGGGGAAAACCUCCAACUUUUUCUUGACUUAUAAUGCCUCCAGCUAGCACUGCAUCUUAUCUCUUUACCGUGAAAUAUUUGGGAAAAUGUCUAUAUCCAUUGUCUCAAUUUUCUCACCUCUCACUAACUCUUCAAACCAUUUCAGUAUGAUUUCUGCCCUUUCACUUCAAAAUAGCUCUUCCUGAGGUUUUCACUAACCCACCAAUGCCCUCCAGUAAAUGUAUUUUUGUCCUAUUCCUUUUUUUCCCCUCUUAGCACCAUUUAAUAAUGCCUACUACUCCCUCUUUCUUCUCUUCCUUGGCUUAUAAUGAUUUUCAACUUACACCUCUGUCUACUUCUUCUCUGUUUCCUUUUCAGGUUCAUUCUCUUGAUCUCAGCCAUUAAAUUUUGAUCUAUUCUAUGUCUGCUCAUCUUUUUACUCUAUACUUUCUCCCUAGAGGAUCUGAUUUUCCUCUUUAGCUUCAAAUACCAUCCUUUGACAGAUGAUUCAUGAAUUUAUACGUUUAGCCCCAACCUCCCCUUUUAUCUCCAGAUUUAUAUAUUCAACUCCUACUUGACAACUCCCCUUGGAUAUUUCAAAGAUAUCUCAAAUUCAAAAUGUUGCACCUGAUUCUGUUCUUUUUCCCUCCCCACCUGACCCUCUUCCUUUAUUUUGUCUCUGUGAAUGGCAUCCCUUUUCACUCUGUUAAAGCAGAAAACUAGAAGACAUUCUAGCUUUCUUUCCCUCCCCCAUACCCAACAGAUUACCUAAUCCCAUGGAUUUUACCUCAUCCCUACUUUUUCCUCACACUCCCCAAUCUAAAGGAAUUAUUCAUUUAGCUCAUUUCCUUAUAUUCACACUUAUGCUCCUGUAGUCCAUUAGUCAAAUGAAAGCCAGGAUGAUUUACAAGAUGUUAAUCUGAUCUUGUAAGCAUCCUUCUUAAAAC